CUGAUCACGCGUUGAUUCUUGUUUUAUUGAUUCCUGUCUGACACACCUUUGUGUCUGAUUGGCUGAAAGUAGAGACCUGCCCCUCUGUAUCCACUGCAUUUGAAAUGAUCGCUGAAUGGAACUAGAAAAAGGAAAAGAGAAACAUCUAUUGUAACAUUUACCACAAAUCUGACUGUCACACACCACUUCAUUAACACAGUGACGUUACAUUCGAAACAUUGUCUCCGAAUAUGAGAAAAUGUAUGUCGUCCUUUGUCGAGCGACACAACAAUAGUGGCACAAUGGAAGUUGAUGAGCUGUACCAUCCUGGGAGUCAGAACCAUGAAGAGUCCCAGUGUCACCCUAUGGCCGUGGGAGACAUGGAGGCCGUGGAGGCUCUUAUGUUCAUGAACACCCACUGGAAAGCCAGGACUUCCAGGAGCUUCAAGCAUAGACAGUUCCGACCUCUGACCCCUUCCUCUGACUUCUCAGAGGAUGACUCUCGUCUCUCACUUGACCCGGCUGAGGUUCAUGAGUCUCUGUGUAUGACCCCGCCAUACAGCCCGCCAAACUUUGAGGCCAUUCACAGUCAUCCUGCUCCAGAGACAGUACAGACCUCCUGGUGCCAGAGCCAUAACCCACAGCCAGCACAGCAGGGCUUGACACAGCCACAGAUGGUCAGCCAGCCCCAAUCACAGGCCACUAGUGUGAUCCGUCACACUGCAGAUGCACAGCACUGCAGCUGGAGCAUCUGUCCAGCCGCCCCCCUGGAGCACAGACUAACCCAACCCCUGCCUCCCCAGCCAAGCCCAGACAGCAUCAACCCCCUGGCAGAUAGGCUAUCUGGCAGGGACUCCAAAGGGAACAUGACACCCCUUGACUCCUCUGCUGAACUGGCUGCCACCCAGGCUCUGGUUACUGUGACUCUGCCAGCCUCUGUUGGUAAAUUCCACCAACCUACAUCGGUGUCCCCUGUCAACAGUGGGGUUUCUCCUGUUCCGGUUUACUGCCAGAUACUACCUACUGUGCCCAUUGCAGCGAACAGUCAUAUUCCAAUGGUAGAGACCAGUCACCAACAACCGUCAGCAGCAGUUGGUCCUCCUUCAGUUUUCUUCAUGGGUGACCAGGUGACAAAGGGCCCUAUCAUCUUCUUGGUUCCCCGGCAAGUUGUUGGGAUCCAGCCGUCAGUGCUGACAUCUGGUGGCACCAAGCUGCCAGCCAUCGCCCCAGCGCCAGGCUUCACCUCAGUGGUCCAGCGGAGCAGCCUGCAGCCUGCUGAGGUGUCCAGAGUCCGCAGCCAUAUCUGCCCCCACGAGGACUGUGGCAAGACCUACUUUAAGAGCUCCCACCUCAAGGCUCACAUGAGGACUCACACAGGUGAGAAACCUUUCAAAUGCAGGUGGGAAGGCUGUGAGAGACGCUUCGCUCGAUCCGAUGAGCUAUCACGCCACCGUAGAACCCACACGGGAGAGAAGCGCUUCGCCUGCCCCAUGUGCCACAGCCGCUUCAUGCGUAGCGACCACCUGGCCAAGCACGCCCGUCGACACCUGGCCACCAAGAAGGUGCCCUGUUGGCAGAUGGGAGUCUGUCACAGCGGUGAUGCUACACAUGCAGUGUUUUCGGCACCGUUCCUUCGUCCUCUGCCCAGAAUAAACUCUUGCCUUAAAGACACUGUAGAAUAAGCUGUUUCUUCAUUAGAUGGGAAGGAACUCAUUCACUGUGCUACUGCUCACUGAAGACUUCAAUGCAAUUAAUUACAUGUUGAAUUCUUAAAAAACUAAAGUUCUUAGUUGUUACUUGUUUAAAGUUUCUUGACUUUUAAUUUCAUAUUUCAUUUAGGUCCACUUGAGAUAUUAUGUUGUUAUUGGCAGUUUAAUGUGUGAUGAAUGAUAGCAGGGUUUUACUCCUUUACAUUAAGUUUGAUCAGCUCUUGUUGAAGAUUAUACAAAUAUUAUUGUUUACAACUGUGCUUUGGACUACUGACAAGACGAGAUCACCCUAUUGUCAUUUGGUUAUAGUGGUGCCAACUGUCUGCUCUUUUGGGGGCAACCUCCAAAGUGUGGAGCAAGGUACAGAAAUGUAGAAGUUAACUGAACAGCCAGAGCCUUAAAUAGACUCUUCCAGAGCCUACCAAAUAAGUCAAUUACCGUUAAGGAUUGCAAAACUAUGCUUGACUGUUAGAUCUUGUGCAUUGAAUUGUUUUUCUACCUACUGAAUGUGCUCAAUACACUGUAUAUUUAAUAUUCAUGAGAAUUAUGUUUGGCCAAAGAUAGAAUGUUAAGAGAAAAUGUAUAUUUAACUUGACUAAAUUACAUAUUUCUUAUUUUGUUACAGGUGAAAUAAAGUGUGUAAAACUUUA